GAAAUGGAUGAAGCCACAUGGGGUAGUAGCGUCCAAGAGAACUGUGGUUUCUGGGGUCUAUAAAUAGCAGAGACCGUUUGACAAUAUCUUCAACCAUCUGCAAUCUUCACGUGCUUCUCUGCUAUCUGCCUCCUAGUUAUCUGUUUGUCUCUAUCUCUGCAAAGCUUAUCCACUGCUCUUCUUUAGGGUCUUUUUAGUCAGCGAGGUCGUUUCCCGUUAAGAGAAAACUAUCAAAGAGUAGUUUUGUUCGUUACUUGACAAAGAAAGCUACCUUACCUAGCCUUGCUUUGCUCUACUUUACCGAUAAUUUUAACAUGGAAAACAAAAGGCAAGCAACUGGUGGUUCUUCUUCAUCCAGAAAUUUUGAUCAUCUUUUUGGUCCCAAGGACUCCUCUUCAUCUUCUUCAUCCUGCACCACUGGGAUUUUUAGCUCUAUUUUCCCACCACCAUCAACGAUGGAAAGUGGGAAAGAGUCUUCUCACAGUGGAAUAAUGGGGUCACUUAAAAAGCAGGGCGAAAACAGCAAGGCUGAGAGUAAUAUUUUUAGUAGCAAAGAAAAAAAUUCAAUUUAUCAGAAUGAAACUGCAGAACCUUGCUAUUUUAGCUCUUCAAUAUACUAUGGAGGCCAAGAAAACUACUCUCCAAGAACCAAAACCCCCACUGAAUCUCACCAUGCUUCUAAGAAAGAUGGGGGAGAGGAUGACCCUAAUGGAAACAAUGCUAACAGCGCUUCAAGAGGAAAUUGGUGGCAGGGCUCGCUCUAUUACUAAUACCUUGCCCUCAAUAUAAAGCAAAGUCACCAUCUAGAUAUACAGAAUGGUGAUCAACUUUUAUCUUAUAUUAUUAGAAAUAAGUGGUGCUAGUAUUAGAAGAGAAUAGCUGAGAGUAAUGAAGUCAGGACUUGCUGCAAACAUAUUGGGUUCUUUUUUCCAACUAGUCAACUUGAGCAAGUAUAUAUAUCAUAUAUGAGCUCUGAUAAUAUGAAGAGAACUUAAUGUCAUCACUCAACGGGAAAUCAUGUACACAGUCUCUUUUGUGUAACAAACCCAUUUUCCUUUCAGUUGAUGAACCAUGUUUUCUGGGUUUUCAGCCCUCAAACUAAAAUAUUAUAUAUGGACUGAUAUAUUCUCUGUAUCUCUC